AUUAUUCCUUCUUCUUUAUUUUCAAUAAUUUCAGUUAAAAUAUUGCUCUAUCAUAUUAGGAAUUAAAAAAUUGAAGAAAGAAGAAAAAGCUCUCAGCUCUCUCUCACCUUAUUAUUAUACAUACCUUCUCUAUUUUAGUGUAACCAGGAACAUAAAAAACAGCAGAGGCUUGUGUUUUGUCUUUCUCAUAAUAAUCAAGCAUACCAAGAAAAAGCAACACUGGGGAUUCAUGUCUCCAAUUCCAUAGCAGUGUUUUAUAGGGUGAUCUCAGAAGCAAGCAAGCAAGCAAGCCACUCUCAUCGCUUGAUCUUGAAACUUAAGAGUGGGCCAGAUCACAAGCACAUGGUGAAGCGGAUUCAGUGUUCUUUACUUAAGAGAGUCUAAUAAUCUUUUCCUAUCAGAAUUGUCAAUACAUAACUAGUUUGACCUUAAAUUUCAAUCAUACAUUUGCAAGUUAGAAGGCUUUGAGUGGUCCAUGUUCAGGAAUAUUGUUUUAUUAAUAAAGUCUUAAGAAAUAAUAAUAAUAAUGUUGGGUAUUUGGGUCAAACACAGUAGGUAGAGAGAUGUUGUUUAGGAUAAUUAAAGAAAAUAUUUGACCAUUGUAUUGGAUUUCAGAUCUCCCACAAUCUAAAUAAUGGAUUUAAUAUGUAUUAGGUAAGCCAAAUUGGGAGGAACUGAAGAGAAGCUAUAAGAAAAACUUGUUGAUAAUAUUAAUUGUUUAUUUUUAAAGAAAUUUGUCGGUAACUAUUUAGUUGCUGCACCUGUGGUAGCAGUAGUACAAAAGCUUUUUGAUCAGAAAGUCCCACAUGCACUUGAAUCACAAGACAAGGCAUCAUUAUUAUUCCAAUGGAAGUGUGUUUCUAUGGAGAAAACAGCUCUUAAAUAGACCCUCCCUAUUCUGAUGGUAGAUUGUUUCACACAGACUGAAAGUUAGCAUUAUCAGAGUUAAUUAAACCAUGAAACCAAGAUUUGAUCUGGAAUUGGAGGCCUCAGCAGCAGAAUAUGAAUCUGAAGUUAGCAGCCAGGUUGCUUCCAACAUAUCCUCUCUUCAAGAAACCUCUGCAGGCCCUUCAACUGACACCUUAACCAACUCUUACAAACUCGCGAAUCCAAUGGAGUUCGAUGCUCUCUCGCUUGAUUUAACUCUCAGCUUUGGCAACAAUGAAACAGGGGAAAAAGCAGGGGAUUCAAUAGGACUCUCAUUCUCUAGCACUAGUGAAAGCAGCAAUGAACCAACUUUCCAAACUGGCACUGUACCAAGAGUCUUCUCUUGCAAUUACUGCCAGCGCAAAUUUUUCAGCUCGCAGGCUCUUGGAGGCCACCAGAACGCGCACAAGAGGGAGCGAACGCUGGCAAAGCGUGCCAUGCGAAUGGGGCUAUUCUCUGAGAGGUAUGCUAGUUUAGCAUCUCUGCCUCUUCACGGUUCUUUCAGAUCCCUGGGGAUUAAGGCACACUCUUCAGUUCAUCACCAAGCAUUUGCACCAUCAAUUAGGCCUCCUGAGAUAAAAACAAAUGCAAGAUUCGACCAAGGUUAUGUCGGCCUUCCAAUAUUCUUGGAGGAUGAUGAGUCAGAACUGCUCUGGCCUGGUAGUUUCCGGCAGGUUACUAGCGAAGGAGGCGAUAGCAAUCAGGCAUUCGUGCUGGCCAGGAGUUCGAAUUUGAGUUUUACUGAGGUGAAUCCACCAGUUGAGAUAGAUAACUCUACACCUGAAUUAACAUUGAAGCUUUAAAAGUGGUUACUUGGCACAUAAUCUAUAUGUGGCUUUGAGUUUGUUCUGCUUUGUUGUUAUAAUUUUGUACAGUUUAUCAAGAGAGACAUGCAUGGAAGGGCUAAGAGUUUCAGAUUGGAUAGUUAUAUUUGCUUGGUCUCAUGUAUAACUUUCUUCGUUCAGUAUUCUCUUAAGAAUUCUUGAUUUGGUGUUUUGCUUAGUAUGUUAUCUAAUUGUAUAAGAGCUCUCAGACUGGGAACACCAUUUUGGAGCUUCUUUGCUUGUGAUAUAUAAAUCAUGUUUUUUUUUUCCCUUA